GAGAGGCAAAGCAGCCCCUCAGUGGCAGCCGGGUCACUGUGGGUUAAUGGCAGGUGCUUACUCGCAUCUGACCCCGUGAAAUCCCAAUUUUCCCCACUCGUGGUUUUUCUCCUCUCCCCAAGAUGAAGGUGGGAGCUCUGGCCAGGAGCCGGUCCCCACUGCCACGAGAGGGCUCUGCUCCGCCAGCAAAGCAGAGACGAGUCUUACUCCCAACACCAGCGGCAAUUUACCCAUCCGCAUCAAAAUCAAGGAUUCAUAAUUUCAGGAGAGAGCAGGAUCUUCAGGUUUGGGUUUUUCUGGUCUGUGUGUGUGCUCUGAGGGGUCGCACCACUAUCGGCUCCGACACACAGGAGCAAGGGGCUGGCUCUUGUCUAACCUGCCCACAGCCUCCUCUGAGGACGAUCUGGAGAUGGCUCGUCCUUCCCUUUGCUGUCUGUCACCACUCCUGUCCCCAGGUAGUGCCCUUGGGCUGAGCUUCCUGAGUACAGGUAGCCUAUGGGAGCUGCUGUCAUUUACAGACACGAAUACACAAAGCCUGCUCCCACAGGUUGGAUGGAUCCUCCCUUCUACCCCAUAAAACACUCAUUAAAAUGAAAUUUGGCACAAGAAGAGAAAGAUCUAGGGUGGUUUUUAAAUAUUAUGUCUACCUGUUUUUACUGUAAAGGGAAUUUCAGGACUCUCAGGAAGUCUUUGCAGAGCACGGACUCAGCACAGCUCACCUGCUCAGUUCAGCUCUCAUCAUUUACAGUCACACUUGGAAGAGUUUUGCAUGAAUUUUACGGACAGGAGGGGCUCAACCUGCAUCCUGCUGUGUGCCUGUUCCUGGCUUGGCUCUGCCCAGUGCCAACCCUCACCUGUGCUGGGGGUCACCAGUGCCCGUGGAGACCCAGAGACUCUGGUGGGGCACUGGGGGCUCCAGUCACCGCUCUCACUCCUCCUCCUCCUCCUCACUUUUGCCAAGGUAAAGCGCUGAAAUGCCACAAAUGUGUUGCGUCCAACGAGAACGACUGCAACAAGCAGGGCUCCCACAGCUGCCCCCAGUACGCCGACGCCUGCUCCACCAUCACUGCGCCCAACAGCGUCAUUAAGUCCUGCUCCUACAAGUCCUUCUGCGACCAGGCGCGCCGCGGCGGCUCCGGCGGGGCCACCGUGCGAUGCUGCUUCACCGACGACUGCAACGGGCCGGCGCGGGGCUCCCGCAACGGCGGGGGGGUCCCGCCGCCGCCCCUGCCCAGCCUGCUGGCCGCCGCGCUGGCCGGCACGCUGCUGCUGGGCUGGCUCUGAGGGCCCGGCGGGGUGGCCCGCCCGGCGUAGCUGCUCGCUGCUCUAGCCUAGGGAUGCGCGGGCGGGGGGCUCUCUGCGCGGGAGGGGUCCCGCCGCCACCAGUGCAAUAAACGCUGCCGCUG